UUUGAUAUGGUGUUCUGGCCGUACGUAAUCACUUGAUGAUAGACCAAAGCAUUCAUAGAAUUGAGGCAGUCAUGCAACUGCAUGUAAUGGUAUGUGGAUUGUGGCUUGACUUAGUAUUGUCCAUUUGUGCUCUGUUGUGUGUUUUGGAUAUUUUUAGUGUCAGUGUUCAAAGAAAGAAUUGGGAUGAUGACAGGAGUAACCAUGGCAGCAAGGAAUUUAUCAAGAACAGCCCAAAGGCUGUUAACAUCAAGAAGUAUUUUGAGUAGCAGAAAAUAUGGUAGUGUAUGGACAGCUGACAAUAUUGUCAAAUCACCUCAUAGAGAUAUAGAAAUACCAAACAGACUAGUUACUGAACAUAUUUGGGAGGCUGUGGAACGAUGGCCGGAUAAAACUGCACUUGUGUGUGCAACAACAAACAGAUCAUACACGUUCCAUGACUUGUACAAAUACUCGAGGAAUUUUGCCGCAAAAUUGCGGACACAGAUAAAAAUAAGAGAUGGGGAUACCGUGUUUUUGAUGAUGUCGAAUUAUCCUGAGUAUGCCAUCGCUUUACUAGGAGCAUUGGAAGCCGGAGCUGAAGUCACCACUGCCAACCCUAUUUAUACUCCAUAUGAAGUGGAACGUCAAAUAAAGCAAGCAGAUCCAAAAGUCUUGUUAGGAGUUCCAGAGACUGUGCCAGUUUUAAAGGAAGCUUUGAGAUUAACAAAGAGAGAUAUACCGAUUAUUGUUUUGAAAAACCCUGAUGGUGCUCUUCCAGAUAAUACUAUUUCAUUCCAGGAAUGGUUUUUAGCUGGCAACGUUGAUCAUAGUGUACUUAAAGAUGUUUCUAGGACGCCUGAAGAUGUUGCAUUGUUACCAUAUUCUAGUGGUACAACUGGUCUUCCAAAAGGCGUUGAACUGAGCAAUAGAAAUCUCGUUGCCAAUUUCGUACAACAAGACGUUGACACUAUGCGUGUCCAUCAAGAAACAACUAAGUCUCAUCAGGAUGUAACUUUAGGACUGUUACCCUUUUACCAUAGUUAUGGUCUUUCAGUGAUUUUAUUGCAUAAAUUGUCAGCGGGAUUGAAAAAUGUGACACUAACUAAGUUCCAGCCAAAUACUUUCAUUGAUACGAUGAAAAACCACAAAAUAAAUUUGUUAUGUGCAGCCCCUCCCUUAGUAUUAUUUCUUGGUUCACAUCCUGGGGUAACAGCGGAUCAUUUAACAUCACUAAAGACUAUAACUUGCGGAGCUGCACCACUACCAAGAACGGACGUCACAAGAAUUUUAGACAAAGUCAAGCAUGAAAUGGACUUCCUCCAAUUAUACGGUUUGACCGAAGUAGGACCCCUAGCUACAUGCAUGACUCCAGGCGAUAAAGACUACUCAAAGGCUGGAUGUGGCAUAUCUAACACCGAAUUAAGGAUCGUAGAUCAAGAUCAACGUGUGCUGGGACCAAAUCAGUUGGGUGAACUCCAUAUUCGUGGUCCUCAAGUCAUGAAAGGCUAUAGAAAUAACCCAGAAGCUACAAAGGCAGUUAUUACAGAAGAUGGUUGGUUCAAAACUGGCGAUCUCGGAAGUCUUGAUGAAAAUGGGGCAGUCACUAUUAGUGAUCGACUGAAAGAACUUAUUAAGGUAAAAGGAUAUCAGGUACCACCAGCAGAAUUAGAAAAUGUAUUAAAAGAACAUCCAGACGUACUUGAUGCUGCAGUCCUUGGUAUACCAGAUUCAAGACUUGGGGAAGUUCCUAAAGCCUUUGUUGUGCUAAAAGAUGGAGUUAAAGUAGAAGCCAAUGAAGUGACGUCAUUUGUUUCGGAGAGAGUAGCAGAGUAUAAAAGAAUAAGAGAUGUCAUCUUCUUAGAUGCCUUACCAAAGAAUCCUUCUGGAAAGAUUUUGAAACGAGUUUUAAGGGAACAGUAUUGUUAGAUUUUUGUUAAGGUGCGUCUACAUCUGGCGAAUGCUCCGUGAAUGCGGUGCGCCGCGAUUCGCCCGCGAGCUGCGCGCGUGCUUGUAAAAUGAUUAUUUAUACGAACAUUCUAUGAGUUGAGCACCAAA